AAAUCUGAGACCAGGUCUAUCUGUGGUCAGUUGUAAUCCAGUUUCUCUCCUAGAAACCACCAAGGACAUUUAUCAUACUCGGAAAAAGCAGAGCUGAGCAACUGAGCCUCUCAGCAUCUCCUACUCCAGCCACGAAAAUGGAAGAAAAUGCCAACAGCUUCGAAGAAGAUUUUGAAGGACAGGCGACACACACAGGGCCCAAAGGCGUGAUCAAUGACUGGAGGAAGUUUAAAUUAGAAAGCCAAGAUAGAGACUCCUUAUCCUUGAGCAAGAAAGAAAUUCUUAGACAAAUGUCUUCACCACACAGAUCUUUCAGUAAAGAUGAUAAAGACACCAGACAGAGAUUCUGCCGUAAGAUGAGCAUGCAGGAGUAUGAAUUAAUUCACGAUGAGCAAGAAGAUGAAAGUUGCCUACAAAAAUACCGCAAGCGCUGCAUGCAGGAUAUGCACCAGAGGCUGAGCUUUGGGCCGAAGUACGGCUACAUGUGUGAGCUGCAGAAUGGAGAACAGUUCCUGGAAGCCAUUGAGAAAGAACGUAAAACUACCACCAUCAUCGUCCACAUUUACGAAGAUGGCAUCAAGGGCUGUGAUGCUCUCAACAACAGCUUGACCUGCCUGGCGGCCGAGUACACCACUGUGAAGUUCUGCAAGAUCAAGGCCUCCAACACGGGGGCUGGAGACCGCUUCUCAAACGAAGUGCUUCCCACUCUACUUGUCUAUAAGGGUGGUGAGCUCCUGAGCAAUUUCAUUAGCAUUUCUGAACAAUUCAAUGAGGAGUUUUUUGCUGCGGAUGUGGAAUCUUUCCUAAAUGAGUAUGGGCUGCUACCUGAAAGGGAGCUUCCAGCACUGGGAAAUGGUAAUGGCAACAUGGAUGAGCAAGAUGUUGAAUAAUUAGAGAGCCAUAGUCCUCACUAUCUCCCGUUCCUCUUCAGUAUGUUGUAAAUCAAUCUCAGUAACACCCAUCUCAUUUAGAGAAGUCUGUCUUUGCU